UAGUUUCAUUCCGACACUUGGUUGAUCGUGUUUGUUUGUUAUUUUGUUGGGAGCAAAUGAGGAAAAAGUAGUAAAAAUGUAUAUUUACGAUCUUCCUUUUGAAAUAAACAAGGAGCUGUGUAGAUUGUUUGACAAUGACGACGAUUGGAAAGAACUGGCUGGUGCAAUGCAAUAUUCCGCCUUCGAAGUUAACGAAAUAGAACAAGCAGCCCGUCGUCAGACUUCGUCCCCCACUGGCCAGCUCUUCAAAUGUUGGGGCCAGCAAAACCACACUGUGGAAGAAUUAUUCAUCCUUCUGUAUCGGAUGCAAUAUGUUCCAGCCAUGAAAUGCUUAGUGCCGGUAGUGGACGGCCGGUUUCAUAACCUGCUGAAGAAGCAUAUAAGCAGAAAUUGUUUGGGCGGGAAAGAUAGUACAGCAAUUUUUGAUAAUGCCAAAAAGCAAAAAAUUAAAACUGACGAGUCAUCUAUACCUUUGCCAGUUUUAGAGCAGGUAAUCGCGUCUCAGCCUCCAUCUAGUUCGAGCAAACAAAAUGGCAUUCAGCCCACUGAUGAGUCAAGCACCGAUUUGAGUAAGACGGUCUCAUCGACACAAGGCGGUAAAAGCAAUGAUGUUAACGACGAAAUUAUGAAAAAUGUUCUUACUAUACCCAUGCUGAAGUAUGAAGACCUCAAAGUGGCCACAGACAACUGGAGCGCCGCCAAUUUGCUGGGCAAAGGCGGCUUUGGACAAGUUUUCAAAGGUCUAUGGCUGAACUCGCCAGUCGCAAUCAAACGCCUCCGGGAUACGGACGCGUUGAAUCGGGAGCUCAUCAGGGAAUUAUGUCUCAAUCAGUACAGACACGAUAAUAUACUACCGCUCUACGGAUAUAGUUUUGGAGGUGCCGAAGCGUGCCUAGUGUACCAGUACAUGGCGGGCGGUUCCCUGGAACAGAAGCUGCGUUCUAAGUCGCACUUCCCGCCGCUCACUUGGUCGCAGCGGUAUCGGAUAGCGCACGGUGUUGCCAGGGGGCUUCAGUAUCUUCAUACAAUGGCUGGGACUCCCCUCAUUCAUGGGGAUAUCAAACCGGCCAACAUCUUACUGGACCAGUGCCUCAUGCCCAAAAUAGGGGAUUUCGGUCUCGCCAGGAAAGGGCCCUACGGAGAGGACAGAACGCAUCUUAAAGUUACCAAAGUUCACGGCACCCGCCCUUACCUACCCGACGAGUAUUUACGUUCCCGCUGCCUAUCCCCAGCGGUAGACGUGUUCAGUUACGGCGUGGUGAUGGUGGAAAUCGCCACCUGUCUACCCCCGAUGGACCGGGCGAGGAAGACUCAGUUGUUAAGCGAUUAUAUACAGGAGCAGGCGAGAAACAAUGUGGAUUUGAUUUCAUUGGAAGACUCGAAACUGCGCGGCACUCCUCACUCGAACCCGCCUCUUUGCCGGGAGUUCAUCUCGGUCGGUAUACACUGCACUAAGUACGACCGCCAUCAAAGACCUACCAUGUUGGAAGUGUACAAACGAUUGGACAGUCUAGAUUUUCCUGGAAAGCAUUAUAUGUAGCAGUAGAAAUACCGUAAAUUCCCGUGGGAAAUCCUAUCUUGUUGUUUCAAUUCCCCAAGGAAAAUACAAGCACAAUUUCAGAUGUCUACGCCCAAUAACGGCUAUACGUUAUUUGUUAGUCUAACAGUUUUAUAUAUUGCCUAAUACGAGUAGGUAGUCUUAAGCGGCUUUUUUCGUAGGGAAAAAUACAGGAAACAAUUGCUUCCAUAAAGUGCCUUAUAGUGCGUUUCAAUUAUUAUCUAUUGAAGUUGAUGUGUGUGUAAAAAACAAAUUAACUCCGCUUUAGUGUAAACAGUCGUAUUACUGGAGCUGAGAAAAAAAUAACUAGCCCAUUAACGCCCAAAAUGAAAAUGCAGUAUAUUUUUCCGUAUAGGAGCUAUACGGAUCUUUAAUGAAAACUUUUUCGCCCGGGACAAUAUUCGAUACUGAAUGCUUAUCGAGUCCCACAUAUUACGAAGAUAUAAAUAUAUAAAUAUAUUUAAUAUGUGUAUCUUUGAUGGAUAAGCAUUCAGUAGAAAUUAUUGCCCUGGGGAAAAAGAAGAGGUAAAUGUUUUCAUUAUGUAUGUGCCAGAAAGUAAUGAGAAUCAGCGAGAAACAGCGUUUUUAAUUACACUCUGAUUGCUUCAAUUUAUGAAAGUAAUCAAAAUAUCAUUUUUAUUCUAAAUUUAUAUAGGUAGGUAUUCAUAUUUUGAUUGUUAGGUUUUAUAUUAAAAUAUACAUAUUUUUGUAACAUUUUAUACAUACAUAUAAAAUCACGCCUCUUUCCCAGAGGGGUAGGCAGAGACUACCUCUUUCCACUUGCCACGAUCCCUGCAUACUUCCUUUGCUUCAUCGGUUUCGGGUACUUUUGACCUGACCCUUUACCAGGACGUCCUUAAUUUGAUCAAGAUAUGUUCGUCUAGGUCUUCCCACUCCGACCUUUCCCUCCACACUCUCCAUGUAUAUCUGCUUAGUCAACCUGUUUUCAUUCAUCCUCUCCACAUGACCGAACCAUCUCAACAUACCCUUUUCUAUUCCUGUAACUACAUCUUCUUUCACAUCACAACAUUCCCUUAUCACGCUGUUCCUUAUCCGGUCACUCAAUUUCACACCCAACAUACGCCUUAACGCUCUCAUUUCCACUGCAUUUAUUCUGCUUUCGUGCUUCUUUUGCCAUACCCAACUUUCACUCCCAUACAUUAAUGUCGGGACCAACACGCCCCUGUGCACAGCCAGUCGAGCCUUUUUGGAUAGUUUCUGACUGCUCAUAAAGGCUUGCAAAGCUCCAUUCACCAUGUUCCCCGCGUUCACUCUCCUUUCAAUAUCACUAUCACACUUGCCAUCUGAUGUAAACUUUGAUCCUAGAUAUACAAACUCUUUCACUUGCUCAACUUUUUCUCCUCCAAUCAAAAUAUUACAUGCUGUCAUUUCUUUCUCCAUUUCAAAAACCAGUGUUUUAGUUUUACUUACGUUCACUUUCAUUCCUUUCUCUUUUAAAGCUUAAUGCAUACAGUUUACCAUCUCCUGUAACUCCCCCGCUGAUGACGCCAGUAUAACCUGAUCGUCGGCAUAGAGCAAACAUUUGACGAGUAACUCAUUCAUCCUUAAUCCACUUUCAGACUCUUUCAAAUCUGUCAAACAACUAUCCAUAAAUAGGUUGAACAGCCACGGUGACGCAACACAUCCUUGCCUAACGCCUUUCUCAAUCUUAAACCACUCAGUGUGCGCUCCGUUUAUCCUGACACAAGCACUCGAAUCCUCAUAUAAGGAUUUCAGUGCUCGUAUUAAGAGACUGCUCACCCCAUGCAAAGAAAGUGCUGACUACAAUUCAUUCCUCUCAACUCUGUCAUAGGCCUUUUCCAAAUCCACGAAUGUGCAAUAGACUUUUUGACUCUUGGCCAAAAACUUUUCGGCUAUGCACCGCAAAGACCUGAUCAGUACAUCCCAUUCCCUUUCUAAAUCCUUUUAUAUAUUAACGAAAAGUAAACCUUAAGAUAGGUAGGUAUUAAAGAAAUAAUUAUUAUAAGUUUUGAAUAAUGAAUUUGAAAUUGUAAUUUAAAUUUACUUAAUAAUGUUUAUUAAAAGAAAACAUGUACUUAACAAUGUUUAUUUUUGUAAUUAUUGACUGUAAAUUACAUUUUAUGUGUUAUUCGCUAUGGUGCUUUUUUACAUGGUUUCAGACUGAUAACAAUAAAUCUAUUUUCAAAACGU